AUCAUGGGGGCGUGGUAAUCGGGGGCGGCCGUUUCCGUGCGUUCCAGGCCUCAAGAUGGAUUUACUGGAUUCCAGUCCUGUAUACUCCUUUAUUUGCCAGUUAUAUGAGAUGGUGGAUCCUGGGUGAAUAACCAGUGCGGCUGUGGAGCAGACCCUCAAGAGGUUUCCUUACUUAUAGAGCGCGUUAUCUGUAACUGCUAAGCUGUGGUGCCCGGUUUAAAAAAUGGAGGCUGAAUAGGGAUUCAGCUGGUCACAUGAUUUACGUAUGCUCACGUGAUUUUCGCGGGGUGUGACGAGUUAUAUGGCUACGGGAGCGAUGUAUGUGCUGUCAGGAGCUGGAUUUGAGAAGUCGAGUGAGUUGAUAAAAUUGCUGCCUCCUGACUUGUUUGCUGAACUGUGCCAGCAAAGCAUUCAGCAUCUGCAAUGUCUGAACACCGGUGUAGACCAAGCACUACUUUGUCAGAGGUUCCAAGCUGCGGGAGUGGUCACAAACGUGGAUGAAGUUAGAAAUGUUCUAAACGCAGUGAGCCAUCUCUUCAGUGCUGCUGCAAAGCACAGACUGUCCACAGAUGCAUUGCUGAACACCGCUGUAAGUCAUUACAAACUGCCCAAGCAGACUCUGCAGGUUAUUCGCCAUGUGUGGAAUGAAGAGGGGAAAAAGCUGUCCGACACUGAAUGUUCCAGAGGCUUAUUACCAGCCACACAGCUUACUGAUUUUCAGUGGAAAAUUGGAAUGGCCGCCAGUUCAGACAGCUGCAGAUCCCUUAACCACCCUUAUGUCACUGUGGAAUUGAAAGUAGCAGACCAUUCCGGCCAGGUCCAAAGCAAAGUCUUUGAAAUGACCAUUCCAGAGUUUCAGAAUUUCUCCAAGCAGUUUAAAGAGAUGUCGGCAGCACUUGAGAACGUUUGACGCCACAGUCUAGUCUAGUGGGAUGAGAGAUAUGACAGUUCUGUAUAUUCUCAUUUCAUACUAUUCAUACUUGGGUAACUUCGGCUUAAAGUGAUCUGUCAUCCACUGUUACAUCCCCUGAGCAGUGUCGCACGCGGGUUUUCCAGACACUGUUCAGAAGCACAGUAUAUCGUAUUUACAGCAACCCCAGGUUUGAUUGACUUCAUAUGGUUGUCGCCAUUGGCACUUGGGUGUCAAAAGCAGUCACAACCGGCAGUCAGGCGCUGUCAUUAGGAUCCAGCUUGUGCUUUGGAAUGGUGCACCGGCUGACUCACAUUAUAAGGGGUUGUUUGGCAAGAUAACAUAUGGGGAAGAGUGGGUUAAAAAAAUAUUACUCACUUCACCAAUCCCCUGUCGUGUACAUUUCGAUGAUUACCAUCCCCUUUUAUAAAAAAAAAGUUGCCCAGUUUUUGUAUUGUUGGGGGUCCCAUUGGUAGGACUUCUACCCAUCUAAUAGUUAUUUGUAUCUUCUUUUUUUUUUUUUUUUUUUAAACCAGAAUUUGGGAGUGCAGGGCAUGACCAUUUCCUCCCUUCUUAACAUUAAAAUCUCUUCUUAUUCUAGGCAUAGGAGUCCAGUGGACGGUCCUAUCAGUGAUUGGCUGCCAUUCCUGAAUGAUUGUACAUACAGAGAUAGCUGUCAAUUACUGAACAGAACCACCCAGUGGACUCCUAAGCCCAGUAUGAGCAGAGAUUUCAAUAAAAAAUUAGUACUUAUUUGCUUGACGUAUUGUAACAAAACUAUAUAUCGGUAUAUAGAAAUGGGUGGCUUGCUAUCUGGUAACAGUGGAAUUUGGUGCUCGUAUCCAAAACUGACUCACCCGGUCAGAAAAGGCUAUUGUAGUUCCAUAGAUUGUGUGCCUGUCCCCCAUUUAUUACGUACAAGUAUAUUGUCAUAUUUUACAUCAAACACAUUUAUUUGUUAAAAUGCUGUAUAAAUGGAAUAAAUGAAUACAAAUUG